GUCCCGCUUGAGGAGUGGACCAGCCAGACUACUGAGCCAGGAGAUGACCAUGGACCACCUCGUGCACGGCUCAGAUACGUUUCACGUGCUGCAUGUGCGUGCACGUGGAACCUGUUUACACUUUCUGUGGACGUGCAUGCAGACGGUGUCUAUUCAAAUGGCUCUUCCGUUGAUAGUAAUUGGGAAAAAUAAAAUAAAAUCACAGUCAUAAUAGAAAAGAAAUCGUGAAAAUCCAAAAAAGAAAGAAAGACAAUCGAAGAAGACAAGGGUCAAUGUGGACUAUAUUAUCAUCAAGACGCUGCUCGCUCUCUCUAUGAACUCUUUGGAAACAUGGCUUCUUUUGAGAGAUUGCAAGGUGGAUUUGAUUGGAUUUGUGAAGGGGGAUUUGAUUUGGGGUCUCCAUGCAUUCACAGAAGCCUAAUAGAUGUUUUGAAUCUUCUAUUCAUCUUUGCUUUCUGUAUUCUCUCUCUUGUGAGUUAUAUUAGAAAGUAUCAUGUUCGUGGAAACAGAACAAGGGAUUGGAUUUCUGUGGUUGUUUCAGCUUGUUGUGUUGUUGCAAGCAUUGCAUAUUUUUCCAAUGGUUUAUGGGCUGUUCUAAAGAGAAAUGAUGGAUUUAUGCACUGGAAUGGGGUUAGUUGUCUUGUUAGGGGAUUGGUUUGGGCAGUCUUAGCCGUUUCAGUGAACAUACAGGGAACCAAAGCGGAAAGAAUCUUAAUUCUGCUUUGGUGGGUCGUUUUCUUCGUUCUGGUUUCCGCUCUGAAUGUGGAAAUUCUGGUGAAAAAACACACUCUUUCAAUCCUUGAAAUCGCAUCAUGGCCUGUCAACUUGUUGCUCCUCUUUUGCGCUUUCCGGCUCUUCAAGAAUCUUAAUUCCCAAAACCCACCAUACCAGACCUUAUCGGAACGGCUUCUGGGAGAAAAGGGUGAAAACAAAACGAGUUUGGAUAAAAUUGGUUUCAUUGCCCAUUUGGCAUUUUCUUGGAUAAACCCUUUACUCAGGUUAGGCUACUCGAAACCAUUAGUCCUUGAUGACAUUCCACCUUUAGAAUCGGAAGAUGAUGCGCGUUUGGCGUACCAAGCAUUUGCUCAUGAAUGGGAUCUUCAAAGAAAGCAAAGAUUGAGUACUAGCAACUUAGUUCUCCGAGCACUAGCUAACUGUUACAUGAAAGAAAUGAUAGUGGUCGGGUUCCUUGCAUUUCUUAGGACAGUCGCCGUGGUAGCAGGCCCACUUUUUUUAUAUGCAUUUGUGCGAUAUUCUGCCAAGGAGGAGCGGAAUCUCAGUGAGGGCCUCUUACUUGUAGUAUUGUUGAUUGUAAUCAAAACCGUCGAAUCCUUGUCACAGCGGCAUUCGUUUUUUGGUGCAAGAAGGUUUGGUAUGCGGAUGCGGUCGGCUAUGAUGGUCGCAAUCUUUCAAAAGCUUCUUAAGCUAUCUAGUUUGGGUAGGAGAGUUCAUUCCACAGGAGAGAUCGUGAAUUACAUUGCGGUUGAUGCAUACCGUCUAGGAGAAUUCCCGUGGUGGUUUCACUCAGCAUGGACUCUGCCGUUGCAGCUUAUUUUCGCCAUCAGCAUACUUCUUGGCACUGUUGGAUCGGGCGCACUUCCUGGGCUAGUCCCACUCAUUGGGUGUGCAUUUUUAAAUGUCCCAUUUGCUAAGAUGUUGCAGAAGUGCCAGUCGCAAUUCAUGCAGGCCCAAGACAACAGACUUAGAGCCACUUCUGAAGUCUUGAACAAUAUGAAGAUCAUCAAAUUACAAUCAUGGGAAGAAAAAUUCAAGAACAUGAUUGAAACCAUCCGUGAUGUCGAAUUCAAAUGGCUGGCAGAGUUGCAAAUCAAGAAGUCCUAUGGGACUGUAUUGUACUGGAUGUCUCCCAUCUUGAUUUCUUCAGUGGUCUUCGCAGGUUGUGCAGUGCUGAGAAGUGCACCUUUGAAUGCUACUACAUUUUUCACGGUCUUGGCGACAUUGCGGGUCAUGUCAGAACCUGUGCGGAUGCUGCCUGAGGCUCUAUCAGCGUUGAUCCAGGUCAAGGUCUCAUUGGAUCGUCUCAAUGUGUUUUUAGUAGAUGAUGAGCUCAAAGAAGAGGAUGUGAAGAGGUUACCAUCAGAGAAUUCAAAUUUCAGCAUUCGAAUACAUGAUGGAGUGUUUGGUUGGAACCCAGAUGCAGGCCCUACAACACUGAAAGGUUUAAUUAUGGAUAUAAGCAGAGGACAGAAAAUCGCUGUUUGUGGACCGGUUGGUGCCGGAAAAUCAUCACUGCUGUAUGCUUUGCUAGGCGAAAUACCGAAAAUCUCAGGAUCUGUUGAAGUCUAUGGGUCGAUUGCAUAUGUUUCCCAAACAGCUUGGAUCCAAAGCGGGACGAUUCGUGAUAAUAUACUCUAUGGAAAACUGAUGGACAAGAAAAGAUAUGAGAAGGCAAUAAAAGUAUGUGCUCUGGAUAAGGACAUCAACAAUUUUGAUCAUGGUGACCUUACGGAGAUCGGACAGAGAGGACUCAACUUGAGUGGAGGGCAGAAACAAAGACUCCAACUUGCAAGAGCUGUCUACAACGAUGCGGAUGUAUAUCUCCUCGAUGAUCCUUUCAGUGCAGUCGAUGCACAUACGGCGGCAAUCCUUUUCAAUGAAUGUGUCAUGGCUGCUCUGGAAAAGAAAACUGUUAUUCUAGUGACUCAUCAAGUCGAGUUUCUGGCAGAAGCCGAUCGGAUUCUGGUCAUGGAAGCUGGACAGGUUACUCAAUCGGGAAACUAUGCAGAACUCUUGAGAGCCGGGGCGGCAUUUGAACAGCUCGUGACCGCCCAUCACGAUGCAAUGACAGCAUUCGAUAGUUCAAAUAAGGAAAAUACAGGGAAAGCCCUAAAGGAAGAUGGGAAUCAAAUGGAGUUUGGCGGGCCACAGCCAAUGAAAGGAAACAGUCAGGGUGAGAUUUCAGUCAAGGGUCUGUCAGUUCAGUUAACGGAAGACGAAGAGAUGGAAAUUGGGAAUGUUGGGUGGAAGCCAUACAUCGAUUACGUCCGCGUUUCAAAUGGGUCUCUUCUUGCUACUUCAGUUACAAUCGCUCAAUCUCUUUUCAUAAUUCUUCAAGCCGUGUCAACCUAUUGGCUAGCAAUAGCAGCUCAAAUUCCUCAUAUUAGCAGUGGUGUUCUAGUAGGAGUCUAUGCAGGAAUUUCAACAUCUAGUGGCAUCUUUGUGUAUCUAAGGGCCUUUUUUGCAGCCCAUCUAGGACUCAAAGCUUCAAAAGCUUUCUUUUCAGGUUUGCUGAAUUCAGUGUUCAAAGCUCCAAUGCUAUUUUUCGACUCAACCCCGGUAGGAAGGAUUUUAACGAGGGCAUCUACAGAUAUGAGCAUAGUGGACUUCGACAUACCUUUCACCCUCGCGUUUGUACAGACCGCUUUUCUCGAAGUGAUAGCAACCGUACUGAUCAUGGCCACAGUGACAUGGCCAGUACUAAUUGUAGCAGUUCCCGUUUUCUUCAUUGCAAGAUAUGUUCAGGAGUACUAUCAAGCAUCUGCAAGGCAGCUAAUUCGGAUCAAUGGGACAACCAAAGCGCCUGUGAUGAACUACACAGCAGAGACGUCACUUGGUGUGGUCACAAUAAGAGCUUUCAAUGUGAUGGAAAGGUUCUUUGAGAACAACUUGAAACUCGUCAACACAGAUGCCACACUUUUUUUUUAUACGAAUGCUGCCAUGGAAUGGGUACUUAUACGUGUGGAAGCACUCCAAAAUCUGACCAUAUUCACCGCAACUCUUCUCCUUGUUUUGCUUCCUCGGAGUACCAUAUCUUCAGCAUUCGUGGGGCUUUCUCUAUCCUACUCUCUAACGCUGACAUCCGCGCAAGUGUUCCUAACGCGAUGGCAAAGCAACUUAGCCAACUAUAUCGUCUCAGUCGAACGGAUAAAACAAUAUAUGCACAUUCCAUCAGAGCCUCCAGCUAUUGUUGAUGACAUGAGACCACCCCUUUCAUGGCCCUCUGAAGGGAGAAUAGAUUUGCAGGAACUGAAAAUAAGAUAUCAUCCAAAUGCUCCUCUUGUGCUCAAGGGGAUCACAUGCACUUUUAAAGCUGGGAAUAGAGUGGGAGUGGUCGGGAGAACCGGAAGCGGGAAAACAACAUUGAUAAGUGCUUUGUUCCGUCUUGUGGAACCUGUGAGUGGGAAAAUUCUUAUUGAUGAUCUGGACAUAUGCUCCAUGGGUCUGAAGGAUCUUAGAAUGAAGCUCAGUAUAAUUCCUCAAGAGCCAGCACUUUUCCGUGGCAGUGUCCGCAGUAAUUUGGACCCGCUAGGCCUUUACUCCGACCGCGAGAUUUGGGAGGCAUUAGAAAAGUGCCAAUUAGUGACUACAAUCCGUAGCCUUCCCAACCUUCUUGAUUCAUCUGUGAGCGAUGAAGGUGAGAAUUGGAGUGCUGGGCAGCGCCAGCUUUUUUGCCUCGGCCGUGUCCUUCUCAAGAGGAACAGAAUACUGGUUUUGGAUGAAGCAACCGCAUCCAUCGACUCUGCAACAGACGCUGUACUCCAGCAAGUUAUCAGGCAGGAAUUCUCAAGCUGCACAGUGAUAACAGUGGCUCAUCGAGUUCCCACGGUUACGGAUAGCGACAUGGUCAUGGUUCUUUCUUAUGGGAAGCUUAUCGAAUAUGAUCAGCCAUCGAAACUAAUGGAAACCAACUCCUCCUUUGCCAAGCUUGUGGCAGAGUACUGGUCCAACUGCAGGCGGAACUCGUCGCAGAACCUCAGGCACUUCUAGUACGCGGGUUUCCUUCUAAGAACAUGGAGAAUAUUU